AUGCCGCGCCCAAAGAAGCCAGGGGCGCCAGAACCGAAGAGGCGAAGUCGAAAUGGAUGUUGGCCAUGCAAAGGUCGUAAGGUAAAGUGCGGCGAAGAGCAUCCCACAUGUAUCAACUGCCAACGAACAGGCGAAGUUUGCGAUUACAGUGUCAGGCUUAACUGGGAGGGACGUCGAACCAGGAGGUCUUCGUCCUUCGGGACACCAUCUCAAGCCAGUCAACCGACUCCGCCGGACAUUGCCACACAAACUCAACAGUCGUCAUUCAGCCAUACGUUUUGCAUAAAUGGUGCACCUACAUCAAUUCAGCCAAAACCCAUCGCACGACGAGUUCAAACGGAUAUAGGAAGCACUGGGCUUGAGAAGAGGAAGCAAGAUGGUCGAGACGUUCAUGCUAACCAUGCAAUUGGAUCUGUGCAUGACAAAUUCUAUUCGACACCACCACAGGAGCUAUAUAAAGCGGUUCCAUCUCCUCCUGUUGUCAAAGAUGUCAUUGAUAAAUUCUCUUUUGUGUCCGAUGCUCGUCCAGGUGCUUCUGGAGCAGCAAGUUCACUGCAGCGGCCUCAUAAACGAUCAAAAUCAUUUGCCGAGUCAAGUGACAAGGGCAUCUCCCGCCGGCCCGGCCUGCUAGACUCCCCAUCGUUAUUUAUCGACGCGACUCCUCCAAUACACCGCAUUCGCUCCAACACUUGCUCUACGUCCCGAGACUCACCAUUGACGCCAAUCUCUUCAGGGACAACGGCCAAGGAUGACCCGCGGACACCGCUGCUCACCCUGCCUUCGCCAACAUCCCCAGGACAAGGCAGAAUCUCUGUUGACUAUCUAUUGUCAGACUCCCCGGACAUAGAUCAUCAUCCCAAGCAUGAUAUGCAGGACUUGUUUGGGCCUUCUCUGUCCGAUAUACGUUUUGAGACUGAAGCGUCGGAAGAAGCAAAAUUUUAUGGGUAUGACCUUGGCAUUCGAGACACUGACAUUGACCAGAACAAUGACUUCGGCGCCAUUUCUCCAACAGCGUCAAACGUCAAAGAUGUUUUUAGUACCAGCAAUGAUGGAUAUAGCGAUGCCUUGUCUCUUUCGCAGUCUGAUGCUAGAUAUUCUUUCAGUACAUUACCUGGUGUAGCGGGUGGCUACUAUGAUCGGCCUGUUUCGAUUUGGAUACCCCGAAAUAUUGAGCCUUUGCCCUUAAAACUUCAGAGCAAUCCCAUGAACCUUUUGCCCAAGCAUCAUUUCAUAAACCAUACGGCAAAAAUUCUUGUGCCUUACGAUGAUAUAAAUUCCAACCCAUUUCGUACGAUCCUACCGCAAAUGGCAACCAAGAACGAUCACCUUCUUAGCCUGCUUCUCGCAUACUCUGCGUCCCAUCGAGCCAGACUUCUCCGUCAAAGAGAGCCUGAGAUGAGAAUAGCUCUCUGGGUACAAGACAUUUUCCCAGCUUUGCGACUCGCCCUGGGUGACAAAGAGCAGAUAAUCUCAAACACUAGUCUAGCAACUGCUAUUAUGCUUGCAAGCCUGGAGAUCAUCUCACCCACAGCCUUUGGUUAUGACAUUCCCUGGCAGACGCACCUGAACCUUGCGCGCGAUUUAAUGCGAAGGCGAUUGGCCGACCUCCGACGAACUCCAAAUGUUCCUGAGGAGGAUCGAGAGUGUUCCUUUCUUUGGAGUUGGUUCGCGUAUUUGGACGUUUUGGGAAGCCUCAGCGGCGGGUUAACAGGCGGUGAACCCUCCAGAUCUUGGGUACUUGAGUACAAUAUAUUCAACGGUACCGAAGACCUUUACGAAAUCGACUGCAUCAUGGGAUUUACGACUAGAUGCGUCCAACUGAUAGCCCAAGUAUCUGACCUGGCUCGCCAUUGCGACAUACAGCGCAUCAGGUCGGGAAACCAAGCUCCGUCUGACUGGAUUCCCACUCUAGAUUGCGUCCGUCGAGCACAGCAGCUGGAGCAUGGGUUGAUGGAAAGCAUGGCGCAGCCAUCACACCCCUGUAAGCAUGUCAAAAUUGUUGGGGCUAGAGAUAUACAAGAGUUGGUGCUCCUGAACGAAGCAUUUCACUGGGCCGGCCUCGUUCACUUACACAGGCGGGUUUUGGGUAAGUUGUCAGGCCACGCGGAUGUGCAAGGACCUGUGCAGAGGAUUUACUCUUGUAUGGAGUAUAUCACGCCGGGAGGUACUACCGAAACGGGUUUCUUGUUUCCAAUGUUCACGGCCGGGUGCAACACUCUAGAUGAAGGCCAGAAAACAAGGAUUCUGCAGAGGUUCAGGAGUGUGGAGAGCAAUGGGAUGACACAGGUGCAUAAGGCGAGGCAAUUAAUGGAGAACGUGUGGCUGACAGGCCAGCCAUGGGAACCUUUACUGUGUACAGAGUUUAUUGGCUGA